GACCCUGCGUAAGGAGAAGACUCUGUUGGGAGCGCUGCCACCUUAAUGGGCCCUGCAACACGGGAUCCGAAUUAGUCGGGGUUCCAAUGCGGACACCAAACACCGGAUGGGAAACCCGAAAAAAAAAACCUGUGGCAAUCCUUGCAUAACUAGAAGCGAACCAAACGACCCCUUAACGUUACUGUACAGGCAUAAAAGAGUUCCUACUUAUAUGUUUUGCAGGUUGAUCAGAGUAAUAGCAAUCAGAAUCUACUUGGAUUGAACCUAUUUCCACCAUAUUAGCCAGAAAGGCCCUAAAACUUGAUCUCUUGAUGACUUGGAAACAGCAAAAAUAUGAUAAAAUGGCCACAAGCAAAAGCAAAGGAUCUCCAUCCAGGAAACUAAUGCAUGGUUUAUCAUCAGAUGUCCAGCUCCACAUUCGCGGAGUGCCGUUCUCCUUGAAUAGGGAACUUUUGGCUGCAAGAUCUGAAAAGCUAGCUGCAUUGCUGAAAGAGAAUCCUGAAGAUGAUCUUUCUCAUUUGCUAGGAGAUAUUCCCACUGAUUCUGAAACUUUUGAGCUUGUAGCAAGGUUCUGCCAUGGAUUUGACGUAAGCCUGUCGCCUGAGAAUGUCAUUAAAGUCCUUUGUCUUGCUCACUACCUCGGAAUGACUGAAAUUAAGAGCAGCAACAACCUCGCGAAGAAGGCUUGUUUCUACUUUCAAAACAAUAUCCUUCCUAGCUGGAACAAGUGUAUUAAAGCCCUCAAAUCUGCAGAAACCAUUCUUCAACAAGCCGCGGAUCUUUCCCUGGUUGAUGCCUGUGCUGAGUCCAUCAUUACCAAAGUACUGCAAGAUCCAGGUCUUCUUGGAGAGCCGAUGAGGAAUGUAACAACAACAGAUGAUGACAGUGAGAACGAGGAAAAUGCCUAUAAGCCAAAUGUGAGGAGGCGGCUUUUUGUUCUUGACUGGAAAUCUGAGGACCUGACACUACUUUCCAUUGCUCUCUACGAGCCCAUAAUUCGUGCAAUGGUUCUUCGAGAAGUCCCUCUAGAAUACGUGGCAUCAUCUCUGUUUCACUAUCUCAACAAAUGGGUUUUUCCAGGCGCCAAAGGAGAAGAUGACGAUCCAUCACCUUACGAGAGGAAUUCUCAGAGAGAGAUCAUUGAGGCAGUGGAGAGACUGAUGCCGCAAGAAAGGGGGCUGAUCCCAUGUUCUUUGCUCUCGCAAAUGCUGCGAUCCGCGAUAAUCUUGGAUGCUGAUACUGAAUGCAAAAGCGGAUUGGAGAUUAGAAUAGGAAAGCAACUAGACCAGGCAACAGUCAAGGACCUCUUAAUACCUGCACAAGGAUAUGCAAAAGAAGAGCAGUAUGACACCGAAAGUGUGAAAAGGAUAUUGAAGAAUUUCUACAGCAACUACACUAGCAAGGAUACGUCUGGCCUAGUUGUGGUAGCAGAACUUGUUGAUGACUUCUUGGCUGAGGUUGCUAGUGACAUAGAUUUGAAGUUGAACACAUUCUUAUCACUAGCAGAGUUAUCACAAGCAGCAUCAGGAGGAACUAAUAGAAAUUCUGAUGGAAUGUAUAGAGCAAUUGAUAUAUAUUUGGACAAGCACAGAUAUCUCACGGAUAGGGAAAGGGAGGAGAUUUGCAGGGUGUUGGAUUGCAGCAAAAUGUCUCCUGAAGCCUGUGAGCAUGCUGCACAGAACGAAAAGCUACCAGUUCGAGUUAUGGUGCAGAUUCUGUUUUCUGUGCAGCUGAAGUUGAAGGAUACUGUUGCCAAGAGGACGCCGGGGGGUCCUAAUAACCGAUUGUUGAAGCUGGAAGCAGACGAUGAAGAUGCAAGGGGGACUAGCAGCAGCGAAGAGGAAAUGAUGAAAGCGGAGAUGGAAAAGAUGGGAAGCAAGGUGAUUGAACUGGAGAAAGAAUGUGAUAUGAUGAGAAGGGAAAUUCAGAGAAGUAAUUACCAGCACAGGAAUCAAAAUGGGAAAACAAGCAUGUGGAAAGAAAUGAAGAGGAAGCUUGGCUGUAUGACAAGCAUGCAUGAGACAAAUUGUCAUGUGAAGAAGAAAAAAGUGCAUCCAAGAUAGAAGAUUUCUUUUCUCUUCUUUUAUUCAAGAAAGAAGUUGUUUGUGCUUUCAUGUUUACAUGUUAUGCCAAGUGAUAGGGACUUACUGAAUAAUUGAGUUCACAUUUGUAUUCUCUGUGGAAAGCACCAGUAGUUUUGAUGCUCUAAACGCCCUCAGUCCAAUCGACUUCACUCACAAAAUAACAGAAGAGGUGGUAGGACUAUUAUUUCGUAGCUUCUCCGAAAAACCCAGACCUAUAUGGGCCUUAAUGUUUUUGAAGCUCUGCUUUUCAUUUUUCCAUGAUGAGAUAUGAGUUUAGCAUCAACACGCAUUAUAGAACGUAAAGAUG